CAGCUGUUUAACGCAUUUCCGAGUCGGGUUUUGAAAAACGGAGCUUUGACCUGUAUCCGGAAAUCAAAUUCAUCGGAGCGCUUAAUUUGAGUCCACAAUUAAAGUUUGAAGAAGAAGAAGAAGAAGUACUUUUUGCUUUUUUUUUUGUUUGUUCUUUUGCUUUAUUUGUUUUUUUGUGUGUGUGUGUCAAUGAAAUGGGAGAAAUGGAGAUCGAAGAAAUCGAAGCUGUUCUUGAGAAAAUCUGGGAUCUACAUGACAAGCUUAGCGAUGAGAUUCACUUGAUUUCGAGGUCUCACUUCCUCAAAUCCGUUAAACCUUCGAAUCGAUCGGAGAAGAGGAAGACGACGGCUCAUCAUCACCCAAACGGCGGAGAUGAUAACCGACCGGGUUAUGUUUUCAUCAAAGGAUUCGCCGUUGACGAUAACGACGACUCCACGAUGCGUGAGGCCAAGAGUCUUAACGCUAUUCGAACCGCUCUUGAGAACCUUGAAGACCAGCUUGAGUUUUUCCAUACUAUUCAUACACAGCAACGAACAGAGAGAGAUGUGGCGGUUGCCCGGCUUGAGCAGAGCAGAAUAUUACUAGCAAUGAGAUUGGCUGAACACCACGGCAAGAACUACGGAGUCUUAGAGGAAGCUCUUGCAUUUGUUGGGAGCAUUAAAACCGCCAGUCACUUCGUCUCGCCUGAUCACCUCUACGAGUCCUUGCUAAACGCAACUGGAGCAAACUCUACUCCUUCCGAUGGCCAGAAGUCAAACUUUGUUAUCAAUGCCUUUGCCUCGACUUUCGGGUUUGCCAAAAGAGCACUUGGAUUCAACCAUGUGAGAGGCGUACUUGGAAACGCUGCUAUAUUCGCCAUUAGCAUGGUUGCUAUGCUACAUCUUCACCAAGUGGCUACUAAUGAACGUCAUGUACAGAAGAAAGAAGACAGAUUCUACAGAAGCCAACAAGGGAAAACAUAUGGAAGAAGAGGAGAGAUGUCUUCAGGUGACAGAAGUUUGGACCACUUGGACGUGAUGAUGGCUCGUGGUUAAGACCAAAGAUCGAACUUGUCUCUCUACACGUGAUGAUACUCAGAUGCAUUUGAUAUAAAGACAAAAAAAAAAAAGGGAAAACCAAGAAGAGAAGAGAUCAUUGUUGUUCUUCUUCGUUUCGAUAUUAUCAGUAGAAAGGAUAAGAACUUGGAGGCAAUAUGUUGGAAUUUUCUGAGCUCAUCUGAUGCAAAAUAUCGUUUCUUGUCUUCUCGUUUUGAUUUUUAAUCACUGUGGUUAAAGUUUUGUAUGUUUUGUUUGGUUUUGUUGAUUUCAAGUGUGGUUAGGCUUUUUUUGUAAUCCACAAGAUCUCUUGGCUC